AUGAAGCUCAUUAUCUGCCAGACUUCGAUAUCUGUCUCCUUGGAGCCGCCUGCAUCUUCGCUCUUGACCAAAGCUUCCGCGCGUAUCGCUUGUCGCAUCGUCCAAACCAACGUGGCCAAAGGCCUGGUGAUCCGUCUUGCUAGUCUCGGCAUCAAGGCCUGGGUUGGGCUCAUGUCUGACUGGAUGGCACGGCUGUCACAUCGACAACAGCGGCGGGUGUGUGCGUCCAUCAAGGCGUUGUCUCUCAGUGCCCGGUCGAUCGUCGACAGUCAUUCGUGGAUGGCAUGCUUCCAAUCCGCCAAGAUGUCGACGUUGCUCCAGUUCGGGUACAUACCGUCAAAGUACACCAGUUGA